GAAUUGUCCUCUCCCAACAGAUCAGAUCCCUCUAGAAAAGAAACGACCUCCACCAACGCCCUCGUUGCCAGGAGAGAAAGAACGAGAGGAAGUGGGUGGGGGGCUCCAUGGUUAGGGUUGCUUAACAGAUCGAUGGGGGAGCCAGGAGUCCACCAAGAACACACACGACUCGAACAGGGCACGGCGGGAGACACAGUAUACCUAAUGAACCCGGCUUCUCUGCGGUCGCGCCAGUAUAAAUAUACGCGUAUAUUACGCGUCUCUCUGGUACGUAGGAAAUACGCGAGAAUAUAAUAACGGCAUUGGAUUUACGUGUCAAUUUGCAAAGUCUGCUGGAGUUUUUCGUGAUAACCUAUGCAGCGACUAAUCCGCUUGUAACUGUGUCCGAGAGAGGGCGAAUCCGGUCAGCCCACGGAGUAGAGAGCGAUGGAGCCGGAGAAAAUGAGGAGAGCUCCGAAAGCCGUGGUGGUGGGAGGGAGCAUAGCGGGACUAUCGUGUGCCCACGCCCUGAUCUCCGCCGGGUGGCAAGUGACGGUGAUCGAGAAGUCGGGAGCAGCGCCGUCCGGAAGCCCCACGGGGGCGGGCCUCGGUCUCGAUCCCCAGUCCCUGGAAAUCGUCGGCCGUUGGAUCUCCAACCCGGACCUCCUCCGCGACAUUACCUUACCCCUCACCAUUGACCUGAACCAAGCAAUCGACAGUGCGAAGAAGAUGAGUUGGACACUAGCAAGAGAUGAGAGCUGUAAUUUCAGAGCGGCCCAUUGGGCAGAUCUGCAUUCGGUCAUAUACAAGGCAUUGCCACCUGGAAUAGUUCUCUGGGGUCACCAAUUCCUCUCCUUCCAAAUUUCCAAUGACAAGUCUUCUGUUCUAACCAAAUCCAGAAUCCUCCAAACCGACGAGAUCGUGGAAAUUGUAGGGGACUUGCUCGUUGCAGCUGAUGGGUGCUUGUCCACAAUCCGUCAGCAUUUCCUUCCUAAUUUUAAUUUGAGGUAUUCAGGCUAUAUUGGAUGGAGAGGGGUACUAGAUUUUUCAGGAGAAGAGAAUUCAGAUACCAUGGUCGGAAUUCGCAGGGCAUAUCCAGAACUAGGGCAUUGUCUAUACUUUGAUCUGGCCGAUAGAACACACUGUGGAUUCUAUGAGCUCAGGAACAGGAGGCUGAAUUGGAUUUGGUUUGUUAAUGUGCCGGAACCAGAAACUAAGGAAAAAUCAAUGACUUUGAAAGCUAGCAAUGACAUGGUUCAGAAGAUGUUUGAAGAAGCAGAGAGGAUCUGGGUUCCUGAACUGGCUAAGGUGAUAAAAGAAACCAAGCAGCCUUUCAUUAAUGUAAUAUAUGAUGCUGACCCACUACCACAACUCUUCUGGGACAAUGUGGUGUUGGUAGGGGAUGCAGCUCACCCAGUAGCUCCUAACGGUGCUAGAAGCACUAAUAUGUCAAUUCUAGAUGCCGAGACUUUAGGGCUCUGCCUCAAAAAGUGGGGUCUAGAGAACUUGGCUACAGCUCUGCAGGAAUUUCAGACGAUCCGGCAUCCAGUGAUCACAAAGCAAGUUCUACACUCACGGCUCGUAGGUCGUCUCAAACAAGGUUUGCCUCUCCAAGACAAUACAGCAUUCGAUCCAAAAACUGCAAGUCCAGAUGAGUGUAAAAGGCUUCAACAUAGAAAUAUGCCUUACUUUGAGCACGCUCCAACUUCUAUUUGAGUCUACUCUAUCAUCCGGAUCUGCACUGAAUGAUGCCAGAUGUAGCUAGAUGUAUAUGCAUGGUCUUCUCAUAUUAAAGUUAUUGUUAGAAAUAUUCUUCAUAAUGAUUGUAAAUUAUGGUCGACACACAUUACGUCCAUGAUGCAUGACUUCAGUUAAAGAGGGCUUGGUAGAUAGAGUGAGCAUGUUCCUUACAAUAACAUCAUCAUUAAGAAAAUGUCUUUGCAAAGCAUUUUUAACCAUUUAUCUGAGGAAAAUGCACACAUAA